GAUAGAUUUCGACAUCCACAGAAACCGACAAAAUGGAGGAACUGACCAGAAUUUUCAGCGCCUUUUGCGCUCUUUUUAUCUUCGUUCUAUUCUCAGAAAACAACUUUAUUGUAGCCAAAGCUGAUGAUUUUGAGUAUGAGUAUGUAACCUGUGGGUCCCUUAUUAAACUUCUUAACACAAGACAUAACGUCAGACUUCAUUCACAUGACAUACGAUAUGGCUCAGGAAGUGGACAACAGUCGGUGACGGGAGUUGAGCCAGUUGCAGAUACAAAUAGUUUUUGGCAAGUAAAAGGCAAACAGGAUCAGCCAUGUAGUAGAGGGACCCCAGUUAAAUGUGGCAGUACAAUCAGGCUAAUGCAUCUACAGACCAAACGUAACCUUCAUAGUCAUACUUUCUCAUCUCCGCUUUCUCAUAAUCAAGAAGUCAGUGGCUUCGGUGAAGAAGGAGUUGGAGACAAUGGUGAUAACUGGGUAAUCACAUGUUCGACAACCUACUGGGAGAGAGAUCUUAUGGUACGCUUGAAACAUGUCGUCACAAACAGUUAUUUAACAGUAUCCGGUGAUGUGUACGGCCGGCCAAUCCACGGUCAGAGAGAGAUUGUAACGGUACCGAACGCCAACCAGAACAACUUCUGGAAAGCAAUGGAGGGAGUUUACUUGAAACCAACGGAGACGAGCGGCCGUGAUUGACUAGACGGGGAGCGAGAACUCCGAGAUGAGUUAUGAUAAAUCCUUUAAAAAAAAUUAUAUCAAAUCUGUUAACCGUAUAACACAACUUCGUCAAGCUGCUAAGCAGAUAUGUACAAGUUUGCUUAGUGCUUAUUGACUAGACAGGGAGAGAGAACUUCGAGACGAUGAUAAAUUCUAACGAAUUACAUAAAAUCUUUUAACCAUAACACAACUUCAUCAAGCUGCUAAGCAGAUAUGUGUGAAUUGGCUUAGCGCAGAAAAAUCCUGCUCACUAGAAACAGGGUACCAACCUAAGUACCACGGCGUGUAUACUAUUGUUAUUGACUGGUCCUCUAAUCUUUUAACCGUAACCUAACUUCAUUAAGCUGCUAAGCAGAUAUGUACAAAUUUGCUUAGCGCAAAAAGAUCAUGCUCGCUAGAAACAGGUAACCUACCAAAAUACCACGUCUUGUAUAUUGUUAUUGACUGGUCCUCCCCCAACAUUUGCUGAGAAGCAAUUUUAUGCUUAACGGCUAUCUGAAACUGAGCCCCAGAUCAGGGAUUGAUUUCACAGCUCCAUUUCCUGUGGAAUUCUGCGCUUACAGCCAAUAAGCCUUUUUGAGAUAUGGUGAACGCUUAUAGGAGAAGACGAUUUGUGUGGGUGUGUACUGACAGAUUUUCCCAAAACAAAAAGUGCAAUAAUAAUAUUUCCACUCUAUCUCAAAAUGGCUGAAAUGUGUUUUACAUGGAGCUGUAAGUGCAGAAAACCGCAGAAAACCGCUAUAAGCAGAGCAUUGAAAUUGGACCCUGGACUUGAAAAAAAUGAAAAAUGGGUGUUUGAAAAAAAUGCAAAUACAAUAAUUAUUUACAAAAGUUCAGUAUAACUGGGUAGACUAACGUGAUGUAAUAUUUCAUUUUGCAUGCAAACUGAGUAGGAUUCGGUGUAUAAAUUGUUUUGUUUUUUUGGUGUAUAAUCUUGUGUUUUUAUUGAAAAUCUUGUCAGAUCAAUUAUAUGUGCAUAAAUUAUUAUUUGACUCUUGGUCAUGCAUGUUAACAAUAACAAUUUAUGUAAAUUUUCUUCUUUGAUCAAGCACUGGUUAGUUCCCUAGGAAAGUCUUUGGAGAAAAAAAGAAAAAAAAAGUUAACUCAAUGCUGUAGGUUCCCCAAAGGGUUAGUAAAAGCUGGUCGAAGUGGUUAAAUCAUGCCAUAAGAGGGCGCUGUUAUGAAUGACAAUGGACCUUUUUGCAAAUACUCAUUGUGCAAGGGUAACUGUUGAAUGAGGUGCAUGCUGAUCUAGCUAGCGACAAAACUCGAUUGCUAGCUAGACCACCAUGCACCUCAUUCCAUGCACAAUGGCGUAUUUGCGAUAAGGUCUAUGAGCUGGCAUAAACUAUGGAUCAUUGAUGUUUUAGGUCGAGACUUUAUUCCUCACAAACCUAAAUAUAAAUUUUGAUUUGUUUAGUCGUGAUGAGAAGGAGCAAGUUGACUUUGAAUUUGUUGUGUUUUCAUAAAGAGUUUUAAUACCACAAAAUGCCUUCUGUUUUGUUGCAAUUUGCUAUUCCAUCAUAUAGUUGAGAACUUUUCGAGUUAGAAUCUUGUGUUUGCGCAAUUAAGCAGAAAACCUGGGCCCAAUUUCAUGGCUCUACUCCCCGCCAAGUUCUGCGCUUAUGAUCAUCAUUCUCCGCUUACUGUGCUAGCCCCAAACUUUUGCGCUUGCGUGUGUAAGCAAAGAAUGCCUAGUAACAAGAGUAAAACCAAAAAUUAAUAUUCUUUAUCCCGAUGCAAAUUUAACAUCUAUUAAAACAAGAGUAUUAUAACGCAUGCGCACAGGCAACAAUUCCCUGCUAACCGAUAGAAUACACUUGCCGAUUCUUUGCUCAUGGUAAGCAGAGUAAUGAAAUUGGGAUCUGGCCAACUAAUUAGUUAUUAACAAUGAUGAGCAUUGGAUAAUGACUGUUUAUUAUCAUUGUUACUGACACCAACUAGACCAGGCCGUUGUGCCUUGCAAACCUGACGUUUGUCUUGUAGAGUUGUAGAGAAUUGGCUAACCAAUGGUUUAUUAUUCCCUCAGAUAGUUCAGUCUAACGUUUUUGUUCAGCAUUUUCUAGAGCGUAGAGUUCACUAACGGUUCUGUCUUGUAGUUUUUACUUUAGCGUUUUGUGCAUUGAAUUUUUGACCUGUUCUUGACUCAGAUUUUUGAAGCCAAAGUUGGUGCCAAGGUCCCGCAUACAUAUAUACUUGUUUUUAUACUUGGAUGUAUGUGAUUGUUUACAUUUUAUAACUCAUUAUUGAUGCAGCGCGCCAGCAGUAGGUCAAAGGUUAUACCUUAAUGUACUAGACGUGUGGACAGGUCGUUAAUGGUCUGUCGCGGUGAGACAGUCGAGUCGUGGUGUGGCGUAAUAAUUCAGGUUUCCUUGGAUCACUGCUCUUGAGCGACUACUACUCCCCCAUUAAAUGGGACUGUAGUCCUGAGAGCAGUGGUCUUGCGGGGGCCAGCAAGCUCGCAAGAAUACUGACAGGGUCGCGGGAAUCGCAGAGAAAGUUGCGCGGAGAGAGAGUCAGAAUGCUAUCACCGCGACAGACAUUUAGCAACUUUUUCACAAGUGUAUAAUGUACCAAAGCAGGGUUUAUCUUUAACUUUUUCAGUGACUAGCCAGCAGGAACAGUUAGAUUUUCAUUUCACUUGUCUGUCAACUUUUGCGCUUCAUAAUUCAUAUUGAACAGUGCUAUUUUCCAAGACUGAACUAGCCAGCCAGAGGAAACUAGAUAAAUUGUGACAAGAGGACAGUUUGGAUGUUAAAGGCAGUGGACACUAUUGGUAAUUACUCAAAAUAACUAUCAGCAUAAAACCUCACUUGGUAAUGAGUA